CUUGUCCUCUAUGAGCACACAGACUUGGAUUCACAAAAGGGACGCUGCGCUCACCAUAACUUUCUCGGAGAUUGACCGCGUCUGGGUUGUUCUUCUCGGACAGACCGGCACGGAUGAGCUUCUUGACGGCCAGGACCGCGGUUGGGUCGAGCUCUCGCAUGUCCUCAAGGAUGAUGUCCCGGACUUCCGCGUGAAAGUUGGGAACGGCCUGCAGAGGAAGUACCUUGCUGUGAAACGGUCCUGCGCCUCCUGCUUUCUGCCCCAGAUCAGCACCUCGUUUGCCUUUGCUAGACCCACUGGGGACGAGUGAACGUUGAGUCAAAGAUGGGACGACGUUGCAGCAUAUACUCACUCCGGUUCACGAAGGAGACGCUCGCUCCGCCCUCGGCCACUAUGCCGAGAAAUGUGAAUGGGACGGAGAGCCAGGCAUUGGGCAUGCAGUAGAUGAAGUCGAAGUAUCCAAGAAAGGCUGCGGUGCGAGAUCAGUAAGAACCGUGCG